AUGGUCCCGGGGAGGGGGUUUCCAGUUUCCAAACCUGAUGUCCUCUCCCAACUGGAACGAGGGGAAGAGUCGUGGGCCUCAGAUCUCCAGGGCUCAGAGGAAAGAGAGAUCCUGAGAGGCAUCUGCACAGGUGAUGGGAUGCUGAGUGAGACCAUGAAGCAGAAAGAUGGUGAGCAAGUGGAACCACCUGGGGCGUUAUUGCAAAGAUGCAAAGGGAGUGUGACCAGGAGUUGUGAGCAGGGAAAGGCCUGUGAGAGUCAGCACAUUCCAGAGAAGUGGCAGGGAAACCAGCCAGUGCAGAAAUUUGGUAAAUCUCUUAAUUAUCAGGGAACUCAGAAAGGCCUCAAGGAAACCACAGACCAGCAGAGAAUCCCCAUGGGAGAGAGAAACACAUGCACUGAGUGUGGGGAAAAGUUCAGUAGGCACUCACGCCUUAUUAGCCAUCAGAGAAUCCAUACUCGAGAGCAACCCUAUGAAUGCUGUGAGUGCGGGAAAACCUUCACUCAGAGCUCAACCCUUAUUAAACAUCACAAAGUCCACACAGGGGAGAAACCCUAUGAAUGCUGUGAGUGCGGGAAAACUUUCACUCGGAGCUCAAACCUCAUUGCACAUCAGAGAAUCCACACAGGGGAGAAACCCUAUAAAUGCUGUGAAUGCGGGAAAACAUUCACUCUUAGCUCAACCCUCAUUGCACAUCAGAGAAUCCAUACAAGGGAGAAACCCUAUGAAUGCUGUGAGUGCGGGAAAACCUUCACUCAGCGCUCAAACCUUAUUACACAUAAGAGGAUCCACACAGGGGAGAAACCCUAUGCAUGUUGUGAAUGCAAGAAAACCUUCACUCAAAGGGCAUCUCUUAUUAGCCAUCAGAGAACCCAUACAGGGGAGAAACCCUAUGAAUGCUGGGAGUGCGGGAAAACCUUCAUUGUGAUCUCAAAUCUUAUUAAACAUCAGAAGAACCACACAGGGGAGAAACCCUACGAAUGCUGGGAGUGCGGGAAAACCUUCGCUUGGAGCUCAAACCUUAGUUCACAUCAGAGAAUCCAUACAGAAGAGAAACCGUAUAAAUGCAGUGAAUGCGGGAAAACCUUCACUCAGAUCUCCCACCUUAUUACACAUCAGAGAAUCCAUACAGGGGAGAAACCCUAUGAAUGCCGUGAGUGCGGGAAAACCUUCACUCGGAGUUCAAUCCUUAUUAUACAUCACAGAAUCCAUACAGGGGAGAAACCCUACGAGUGCUGUGAGUGCGGGAAAACCUUCACUCAGAGCUCAACCCUUAUUACACAUCAGAGAAUCCACACAAGAAAGAAACCCUAUGAAUGAUGUGAAUGCAGGAAACCUUUGCUCAUGGCUCACACCUUAAUGGACAUCAAAGGAUCCACAAAGGAGAGAUCCUAUGAAUUCUCUGAGGGUGGGAAAUUUUGUCAGAGUUCAGCCCUUAUUUAUUAUCAGAAAAGCUGUAAGGGAGAUAAAUACCAUAAAAACCUUGUUUAGGGCUGAGAAAAGAUUUUGUUUUCCUUUUGCUAAUUUCCACAUAAUGAACUUCAAGGCAGCAUUUGUGUCAUGGUGGUCUCUCAGCUCCCCCAGCUGAGUUGUCUGCUUUUCCUUUUGCACUCACCCUUCCUUGGGGUGAAUCCCACAAUUUUUUCUUUUUCACCAACUCCUUUGUCCUAUGUCAUGGAAAUGUGUGUCCCUCCAACAGGAAUGUCCAUCAGCCCCAGAUGGGGGAACUGGGAGUCACUUCAACUAGGUACAUGGAAGUUAAAUCUACCUGGGCCUUGACUGCACUAGGAUAGUCCAUGGAGUUAGAUAGCUGGAGUUAGCUAUCCUGAUGAAAAAAUAGUGUUUUUACAGUAAAGGAAAUAACCCAUGUAUAGUGGCCAGGGAAAUUUAGCAAAUUUCCUCAAGACCUGACAUAACCUCUGUCACUUCUAGUCUAAACAAAUUUGGAGCAUCAUAUUCAUACCUUUCCUCCCACUGCAAAGUGAUUGUUAGUCACCAGGUUCCCUCACUAGGGACAAAUUGUCUCAUUCCUGGUUGUUCUCACAAUGCUCUGGGUUGUGCUGAAUCACUGGGUUUUGUAUCAUUUUUCUUAUUUUAAAUAUAACAAAGAGAAGGAGCAGGAUUAGGGAUAGGAAAAUAUGUUUUUUUCAACUUCUGUGACACCUGAAGUGGUGAGUUGGAAGGAUUCCCAUGUUCAGAAUUAGCUCAGCAGUAUUUUCUCUGUUUGAGCCGUAUAGAAUUUAUCUUCUACACAUUCUACAACUCUGCCUCUCAGUGUGUCAUAUGAUUCAGUGUUCUCAGUCCUCUGCUUGGGAAUCACACUUUGUUUUCUUUGAUCUUAAAACCUAGUAAUUUAGGGCCUGAGAUGAAAUUGGCAGCGACCUGGAAAGGGAAUUUGAAUGGAUCUCAAACACAGGGCCGUCGUUUGGCGUUUAAAUCCCAGUUUCCAACGGUUAGCAAAGGGGAUGGGAUUGUUUGCAGAUGGGAAGGUUGGCUGGGUUUUUGUUUUGUUCUGUUUCUGUUUU